AUGAUAGGAUUAGAUUUUCAAAACCAAAGCUCACAGACAGAUACUUAUUUAAGAUCAUUAGGAUAUUCAUGUAUUGAAUCAGUAUACGAAAAGAUUUCAGACGUUAAGAAAAAUUAUCGUCAAAAAUUACAACGAAUUGAAGAUCAAAAUACAGAAUUAAGUCUUUUAUUAGAUCGUCUUGAAUCCAUAAAAAAAGAGCAUGACUUACUGAUAACUACUCGUCAUUCACCUUCUGAAGAAGCUAGUUUUCUUCAAGAAAAAGGAUUCAAUAGUUAUGAAUUACUUGAUAAUAGUAUACAAGAAAUAACAAGAGUUAUUAAUGAACAGGGAAGAAAUCAACAAUCAUAUCAUUUUAAUGAUAGAUUAAAUGCUUUAACAGCAAAUAAUGCAUUAAUAUAUAUACUUCAAUGUGAAAAAGUAGGUCAUGAUCGUGUAAGAGAAAAUGCUAUUGAUGCCAAUGAAAACUUACGAAAAUAUAUAAGAGAAUAUGGUAUUUUUUUAAAACAUGAAAUAAUUACAAAAUUUAAUUAUAUGCACACUGUUGACGAUGAAAAAGAUCCAUUUUUGUAUUCUCAAGAUUUAGAAAUACGUCUACAAGAGUUGUUAUCUUUCAGUCGAUUUUCGUAUGUCUUCGAAUGUAUAAAUGGAGCUGAAAUGAUAGAAGAUUUUCAUCAGAAAUUUCUUGAAUUUCAUCGUACUUUAAGUUCUAAAAUGGAAGAAUAUAAAAAUCCUUCUAAAAUUAAAGAAUUAAGAAAUCAAGUAAUCAUUGCACAAGCAUUAACUUGUGUUGAUCGUUUCUGUGCAAAUAUUUUUUCUGGUAAUGGAUUUGCAGCUUUAUACAGACAAUAUCAAGGAGAAAUACAUAAAGAAUGUAGAAUAGCAUAUAAAACUGUUUUAGAUCAUAUAUCGAAAGGAGACUAUGCAAAUGCAGAUAUGGCAUUAUCUGAUAUUCAGGAUAAACCUUUAAAUCCAAGAGAUAAAGCUCAAAUUCAGAAUGAUUUACAUUGCUCUUUAAAUAAGCUCAUGAAAGACACAAAAAGUAUUGCGAAUUGGCUCGAUGGAAAAAUUGAAAGAGAAGAUAAUAGAAGUCAAAUAACUGAAAUUAAAGAAAAUAUUGAGAAAAUUCGAACUGCUUGUAAUAAACAUAUGAUUAUGAAACUUCUUGAUGAAGAUACACAAACUAGUCUUCAAAAGUUUGACAAUGAAAUUAAUGAGAUUUUAUCUAGAAUCAUUUUAAAAGGAUUGCAUUCUAUUGAAGCAUUUAUGGAUGCUGAUAGUUUUUCUGAAGCCGAACAUGGCAUGGAAACUCUUAGUAAAGUACAACGUGAAUUAGCAGGCUAUUGUAUAUCAUCAGAUGUAACUAAGAAAAGUGACGAAUUAAGAGAAAGUUUGGAUCAAAUAGUUACCAAAAUUUUGGAACGAAGUGAUUUUGAAGAUGUUAAUAAAUAUUCUAUCAAUUCACCAAAAGAUCUUUUAGCUAAAUUAAAAAUGGUUGCUUCUCAUGGUAGUGCUAGAUUUACUCAAGCUCAUAAUUCGAUGGUAGGAAAAAUUAGACAAACUUUUAGUCUAGCUAUUGAUCAAGUUCAUAAAGCUCCUUUGAAUGAACGUUCUCUAAAAAUUCGUUCAUUAAAUUAUGCACUAUGUUUUUUACCUAAAGAUUUACAAACUCAAUUUAAAUUACAAAUCGAUGAGUUGAGUAAGUUAAUUAUCGAUGAAGAAACGGCAUACAGACAGGAUCUUGAGAGAUCAUUUACAAAUAUAAAUGAAGAUGAACAUGCUAUUACAAGAUUAGGAGUUCUAGCUGAAAAAUACAGCAAACAUGAUAUGCAUGAUCUUCUUAAAACACUACGAGAACAAUGUCUUAAACAAUUACAUAUGUAUCGAAUGAACAUACAAAAGUUUUUCGAUGAACAAAAUGUACAAUCUGCUAUCGAUACUAUUAAGAAAAUAUUAAAAUAUGAAGAAUCAGUUGGUUAUUAUAUUUCUGAAAUAAAAGAAGUUUGUAAUAAUGUUCGAGAUUUAACAAUAAAACAAAUUUCAAAUUGUUGUGAUACUCUUGGAAAUCUAUAUUCAAUUGAACAAAUACAUGUAAUCGAAAAAGCUUUUAGUGAUAUGUU